AAACCUCGCAUAUAACCGCACCUGUAACUGCCGAAAGUUGCGCUCAUACUCAGACUGGACGACGACGAUGAGGGAGUCGGCGGCUCUCGUGGUGGUGGCCUUGCUCCCUGCAGCGUUUGGAUGGACCGACAGGUGGGACCACUCCAAGCGCUUCAACGCCGCUGGGCAUGCACAGCUCGACUGCGAUGGCGAGAGCCGGCCUGCGUCAUGCUGCAUCUGCAGGUCGAUCGUGUUUGAGAUAGAAACGCAGCUGAACAACACACAGAAUGACCACGACAUGGACGUCGUCUUCCGUAUCAGCGAGGAGAAGAAGCAGAUUAAGUACUCACGCAGUGAGGCUCGCAUCCUGGAGGUUCUAGAUGAUGUUUGCAAGCAGGUCCCGUUGGAGCUACCGGACAGCAACCACAAGGCCAAGCGAAUGCUGAGUGCAGCGUGUAGCGACUUUGUCGGAGAGUACGAGGACGAGCUGACGCGUACCUUCUUCGACGACUUUACUCCUGCCAAGGACCGGAUGUGUGGUCGCACGUUGCAAGGUAUGUUAACGAUACCCACUGCACGUCGACGGCAUUCGAGCAACAAUGUUCUAAUUGCUGCAUCUCCAUUUCCGUAGUCUGCCCUCAACCCGACAAGACAGCCAAGCACGAAGAUCUCUAAUGGUGCGAUGAUAUGCUUGCUGAAAUCGCACUAAAUUAGACUGAACAACAACAAGGGCAAGAUGUUUGCAACUCUGUGCUACAGUAUGCCAUUAGUGAGAGCAUAAUGGUAGAAGGCAGUGUCUCGUUCACACCAUUACUUCUAUCACACUUUGUUGCUACCCUCGAGUGAUCCUUUCAGCGCAGCGUGUCCUGGGCCGAAUCUUCGUCACCAUCUUCGCCCCAGCAAGCAGGUUUGCCUUUCCGCCAUCGCUCUUCCAGCUUUUCCAUUGUGCACUCGAAUACAGGCUUGUGGAUCUUGCGGUUCACAAUGUUGUGCUGCUCGCAUAGCCAUAUCGAGAACGUCGUGCGCGACUCCACACUACAAAACACCGAAAUCAGUGCCACCAAAUCACACAAAAUUAAGCAACACAACGAUAUAAAAGUAUUCUCUGUAGCUCACCGUGGCGGAGACUUGGCAAUCUCCUUUUGGAAAUCUUCGGCGCAAUGCACGCACGGGUACAUGAGCGCUAGAGCCUCCACGAACGUCUUAGCCUUUGCUUGGUACUCGGGUGACGGCUUAUCCGGGUAGUAAAUGCCCAUCGAAUGCAGCUGUAGGCACAUAGCCCAUCAAGUGUUAGAUUAUUGUAAGCCCCUAGAGUAUAAUUGUAAGAAAUGUGCACGCACCAGCCCCCAA